AUGGACUUGUUGCAGCUUCGCCUGAACAGUUACGGCCAUAUAAUUGGCACUGAAUAUAUAUCUGAUCUUGUUGAAAAGGAGCAUGCGCAUCAUAAGCAUGGGCCCUCCGGUUUGGAUGCUGCCCCAGCUUUUGUUUUCCAUGAUCAUAAAGAUCAUGAUGAGCAUUCAGAUCAGAAGAUACAUUUGCAAAAUCUUGAUGAAUCUACUGAAAAUAUUAUCAAGAAAGUGAAGGAAGCAAUUAAAAAAGGGGAAGGAUGCCGGGUUUAUGGCGUUUUAGAUGUUCAAAGGGUUGCUGGAAAUUUCCAUAUUUCAGUACAUGGACUAAAUAUAUAUGUUGCUCAAAUGAUCUUUGAUGGAGCAAAGAAUGUGAAUGUUAGUCAUGUCAUCCAUGAUUUAUCAUUUGGCCCCAAAUAUCCAGGAAUCCAUAACCCACUUGAUGACACCACAAGGAUUCUGCAUGAUACCAGUGGAACAUUUAAAUAUUACAUAAAGGUUGUUCCAACCGAAUAUAGAUAUAUCUCAAAAGAAGUUCUACCAACCAAUCAGUUCUCAGUAUCAGAAUAUUAUUCACCAAUUAAUCAGUUUGAUCGGACCUGGCCAGCUGUCUACUUUUUGUAUGAUCUAUCACCCAUCACUGUCACUAUCAAGGAAGAGCGCCGUAGUUUUCUUCAUUUUAUUACUCGGCUUUGUGCUGUGCUAGGUGGAACCUUUGCUGUGACAGGAAUGCUGGACCGUUGGAUGUACAGACUUAUUGAAGCUUUGACUAAAUCAAAGUCUAAACGAUAG